AUGGCUUGCUUAAAAUUUUGGUUCACAGAGCCUACAAGUAAUUAUAGUUGACCAGAUUUAUUUUUUUAACAUAAUAAAUAUAGGUAAUAUUUUGAGGUAUUGAGUGGCAAAAAAGAGUAUAAGAGAUUAUUUAUAUCAAACUAUAGCACUGAUAUUAGCAGUGCCAUUCUACACAAUAUUACUUCCUUCAUACUGUUGCGGGUUUUUGAUUGAGCGUAUUGAAAAAGCAAAAAUAAGUCAGCCAUUGAAAUUUAUCAUUCUUGCGCCACUAGCAAUUUUAUCUUUACUGAUCACAAUACCAAGUAUAGCGUUGGCUUUUUUGAUUAGUAGCACACUAACAGUUAUAAGUAUUGCUCUUUUUCCGGAGUUCUUUUUUUCAUUAUGGAUUAAAGAAAGAGUUGGGUUAAGUAGAGCUUUAAGUACCCAUUUUAUCAGUCAGUGCCUCAUACUAAACUUUGAAAAUUUUUUCGAAGUAAAAAAUAAUAAUAGGGAGCUUUUAGUGGAGCUUCUUAAGAGUAAUAAUUUAAAUGCACUGGAGAUUAUUUUUUUUCAUAAAGAACAUCCAGAACUGAUAAAGAGCAUUAACACUGAAAUUCAUGAUGAGGAAAAAUCAAAGAUUAUAUUGGAUUAUUUAGAAUUAAGUAAUUUUAAGUCUUUAUUUGCUCAACGUGAUCUACAUGAAGUAUAUAAAGCAUGUAAGGAUGGUAUUAAAGUAAUUAAUGAUAUUGAUAUAGGGUUACUCAAAACGUUUUUUAAGUUAGAUGNCAGUGCUUCAUACUAAACUUUGAAAGUUUUCUCGAAGUAAAAAAUAACAAUAGGAAGCUUUUAGUGGAGCUUCUUAAGAGUAAUAAUUUAAAUGCACUGAAGGUUAUUUUUUGUCAUAAAGAACAUCCAGAACUGAUAAAGAACGUUAACACUGAAAUUCAUGAUGAGGAAAAAUCAAAGAUUAUAUUGGAUUAUUUAGAAUUAAGUAAUUUUAAGUCUUUAUUUGCUCAACGUGAUCUACAUGAAGUAUAUAAAGCAUGUAAGGAUGGUAUUAAAGUAAUUAAUGAUAUUGAUAUAGGGUUACUCAAAACGUUUUUUAAGUUAGAUGGAUAUUCCCCGCUUAAUAGUCCAAGAGAUUCUAUUAGAUUAUUUAAUGUCAUACUUUUGCUUAAUAAGUAUGGCUUAGCAAGCAAUAUAUCUGAAACCUUGAGUUCCAGCAACCAAUCUAGUGUAAUUAAAGUAAUGAAAUACUUUUUAUCUCAGAAUAUGGAUGAUAGGGACUUUAAUCUCUUCACUGCAAUGUUGAAAAAGAAAAACGUAUUUGAGAAUUUAAAGCGUAUUGACAAUAUUAACAACACUUUACCAGGUAUACUAGAAUUUGAAGAUUCCAGUUCUUUCUUCAAUUUAAUGAAGAUUUCUUAUGAUCACAUAACUUAUUUUUUUAUAAAUAAUUUGUACUCAUUACUAUCGAACAACGAACUAUUUGAUAAGUUAGACAGUAUUCCUACUAAAGUUCUUAAAGAUAUUUGUAGCACUGAACUAUAUAAAACCUGUAAAAGCAUUGAUGAAUUUUUGGCAUUUUUUGAUUGCUUAGAUGAUAACGAGAGAAAUAAAAAUAUUAUAGAUAAUUUAAAAAUUGCCUUUGAAACCGAUAGUGAAGCAACACAUGCCCUUUUAAAUAAUGAAUUAUUUAACUCUCAAGAUGAAGUAUUAGAAGUGAUUAGACAUAAAAAUUUUGAUGGUAGCAAAGUAAGAAAAAUACUGAAUAGAGCUAAUUUAGUACAGAAGCUAAUAAAAAAUGAGCUGAUUAAUAUAGAUGCAAUGAAGUGGGGAAAAGUUCCCUGUGUGCUCAACUUAUGGUAUAUAGUAUAUCUUUUUUGUGAGCAGGCAAAAACAUAUUUAUCAUUAAAUGAAAUACAUAAUGAUCAGCAGGCAAGAGAGACUUUCUUCAAUAGUGUAGACUUGUUUCGCUUUUUUCUCAGGGAAACAGAAGGGUGUAGAUAUGAAAAAGUACUUUCUAUUAUCAAAGAUAUUAAAUUUGAGCAUUUUAAAGAUGGUAGGUUUAUUUCACAAGUGGGUCACGAUCUCAAGGACUAUCUUUCUCACUUACUUAUUUUUCAGGGAGUUUUGUUUUCGGACAUCAGUAACGAAUUUAGGUCACAUGUAAUGAAUACUCUUUUUCCAUUAUUUAGACCUGAAGGAAGUCCACAAUCUACUAUGGAAACACUCUGUGAAGAAAUAUUUAAAAUGAAAUUCAUAGAGCUUUUUAUCAAACAAAGGUAUGAAAAAAUUACACAAGAGUCUUUAGAAAAAAUUCAAAAUCUCACAAUAGAAGACCUGUUAAAGAUACCAGGAAUAGAAGAAUUUAUUAAAAUGGAAGAGAUCGAGAAGUUUUUAAAUACUAAAGGAAUAACAAACUCGAGUGAUCUAUCCUUGUUAGCAGAAUUGAUAGAAAAUGGCAUAUAUAUUGCAGAUGAAAUUAAUAACAAAUUACAUUCUGAAAAAAGCACAAUACAGACAAUCUGUGACGUAUUUCAAGCUGAUCCAUACUUGAGGCCAGUAUAUCUUAUUGAUUUAUAUGCAAUAAAUAUAAUUAAAAGUUCGUUGGAAAGGAAGCCACCAUCUCUUCUUGAUUUAUGUAAAACAAGCAUAAUUAGAAGCUCAUUAGAUCAACAAUCAAUUUCACAGCUGCUUUAA